AUGAUGAUAGUGAUUUAUGAUGAUUAUGAUGAUAGUGAUUAUGAUGAUUAUGAUAGUGAUUAUGAUGAUGAUGGUCAUGAUGAUUAUGAUGAUGGUGAUUAUGAUGGUGGUGGUGAUGAUGAUAGUGAUGAUGAUGAUUGUGAUUAUGAUGGUGAUAGUGAUUAUGAUGAUAGUGAUUAUGAUGAUUAUGAUGAUGGUAGUGGUGAUGGUGAUGAUGAUUAUGAUGGUGGUGAUAGUGAUGAUGAUGGUGGUGGUGAUGAUGAUAGUGAUGAUGAUGAUUGUGAUUAUGAUGGUGAUAGUGAUUAUGAUGAUAGUGAUUAUGAUGAUUAUGAUGAUGGUAGUGGUGAUGGUGAUGAUGAUUAUGAUGGUGGUGAUAGUGAUGAUGAUGGUGGUGGUGAUGAUGAUAGUGAUUAUGAUGAUAGUGAUUAUGAUGAUUAUGAUGAUGGUAGUGGUGAUGAUUAUGAUGGUGGUGAUAGUGAUGAUGAUGGUGAUGAUGGUAGUGAUUAUGAUGAUAGUGAUUAUGAUGAUUAUGAUGAUGGUAGUGGUGAUGAUGAUUAUGAUGGUGGUGAUAGUGAUGAUGAUGGUGGUGGUGAUGAUGAUAGUGAUUAUGAUGAUAGUGAUUAUGAUGAUUAUGAUGAUGGUAGUGGUGAUGGUGAUGAUGAUUAUGAUGGUGGUGAUAGUGAUGAUGAUGGUGGUGGUGAUGAUGGUGAUGGUGAUGAUGGUCCGUCGUAA